AUGGCAUUUCUUACACCAGGAGUACUGCUAAAGCUUCUUCAGAGCAUAAACUCGAAUGUAAAGGUUCGUGGAGAACAUCGGUCGGUUCUCCUGCAAGUUAUCAGCAUUGUGCCAGCCCUGUCAGGCUCAGAACUAUGGCCUAAUCAAGGCUUCUUUAUAAAAGUAUCCGAUUCCUCACAUUCUACCUAUGUCUCAUUGUCAAAGGAAGACAAUGAGCUAAUUUUGAAUAACAAGUUACAACUUGGGCAGUUUUUCUAUGUUGAUAGAGCGGAAGCUGGAACACCGGUUCCGAUUUUAGUCGGUGUUAGACCAGUGCCAGGGAGAAAUCAUUUCAUUGGGAAUCCAAAAGAUUUGAUGCAGAUGUUGGUUCCAUCCGAGGGUUCAGUACCCGUUGAUAAUGAAGGAGUUAAUGGUUUGAAAUUGAGGGAGUUAUUAGAAGUGAAAGGGGAGAAUGCAAGACAGAAAAUUGUCAUCAAAGAGGAAAAGGCUGGUGUUGCAUCUAGGUAUAUGCAGGGUGUUGUGACAGGAAGUCUUAAAGUUGGUGGAGCGGAUUCAAGUGGAAUUGGGAAAAUCAAUGAGAGCGAGAAUGGUGGACCAGGUAAGAAGGUUGGAUUAAUGAAUGGCAAGCAGCAAGAAGAUAAAGGUCAGGCAUGCCCGACGACUCCUUAUCGAAAUCGACCUGAUGCAGUUUCAUCAAAGCCAGAGGUGGCCGUAUCCAACAACAAAGAAUUGCCAGUGCCUUCUAAGAGGACUUCUGUAAAACGGUUAUCAAAUAAACAGGACAACACAAACUUGAAUUCUUUGUCAAGUAAUAACAAUAAAAUCCCUUUCCCUGAGGCAACAUUAUGGACCUCUCUGCCUGCAAAUCUCAUGAAGCCCGGGAAGGGAAUGCUUCGAAGGAGAUAUUUAGCUACCUUGGUUGCAGCUGAAGCUCAGAAGGAGGCAUCCACUGCUGCAACUCUUAUUAAGUGCUUCAAUAUCUUUGCCGAGCUCUGCGCCUCUGCCUCACCAGAGAACCCCCACCUCACUCUCACCAAGUUCUUUACACUCCAACAACUCAUCGACCAACCAAAUGUAACAACCCCAUUGAAUGGUAAACCACUUCAGCUAUUUACUCACUUCUCUGCUCCAGAGACAGAAAAAACAAGCAAAAAGACAAGUCUAAGUUAUGCCAAAGCUACAUUGAAGUCUCCGAAGCCUUCAAUGGAGUUAAGUGCGACUGAGAAACAGGAGUGGGCUAAAGGAGAUGGUAUGAAAGAGAUCAAAGAACUCCAACAGACUCUUUUGAAUGAAACAAGGGCUUGGUUUUUGAGAUUCUUGGAGGGAGCAUUGGAUGCUGGGUUUCAUGUUAGUGCCCAAGAGAAGAAAGGUAAGGACUUCGUCACACAACGUAUGGAACCAGAGAACAGCCAUAUUGCUGCCGCAUUAUCACAGCUCAAGCAUGCAAAUGAGUGGUUAGAUAAACAAAGAAGCAAAUUGAGCUCUGAAGACAACAAAGAGUCAAUGGAGACUGUUGAUCGGUUGAAGCAAAAGAUUUAUGCUUGCCUGCUUGCUCAUGUGGAUUCAGCUGCAUCAGCUCUAGAGAAUCGAUCUAAUCGUGGUUGA